ACGUAAGGCUCCAGCUGUCACUCCCACUUUUACUGCAAUGCACUGUGGGACUGCGGCGGAGUGAGGCGGUGAGUGUUGCAACCAGCGCUCAGAAAUGGACGUCUUUUUAAUGAUCCGGCGUCACAAGGCGACAAUUUUCACUGACGCCAAGGAGUCCACGACCGUGUACGAGCUCAAACGUAUCGUGGAGGGGAUCCUGAAGAGAACCCCCGAAGACCAGAGACUUUUCAAGGAUGAACAGCUGCUGGAUGACAGUAAGACUCUGGGUGACUACGGCUACACCAACCAGACUGCUCGUCCACAGGCUCCCGCUACUGUUGGACUAGCCUUCCGCCUCACCGGCGACACCUUUGAGCCCCUGCAGGUGGAGCCCUUCUCCAGUCCUCCAGAGCUCCCAGACGUCAUGAAGCCCCAGGACUCCGGCAGCACCGCCAACGAGCAGUCCGUGCAGUGAGGGGGGGAACCACCGGCCACACGGAGGAUGAAGAGGAGGAGGAGGAGGAGAGGGACUGUAGAGUGUUACACAUCAGAGAGAGAUGGAUGGACUACACGCACGCACGCACGCACGCACGCACGCACGCACACACACACAAUGGGGCUUAAAAAUUAGCGUCUAACAAGACAUACACACACAAUGGGGCUUAUAAGAUAGUGUGUGUACACACACACACACACACACACACACACACAAUGGAAAGGAGCGAAAAGCAGGCAAUUCCAUGAUGACCUUCACCACCUCUAUGGCACUGCUCUUUGCCACACCAGACUACCUGGGGCAAAGCCUACGAAUGCAUACAGCAUAACCUUCCUGUUCAGGAUGCACACACACACUUACACUGUAAGACACACACACACACACACAACCGAGACCAGAAUACCUGGCGCGAAGCAUACGAACGCAUACAGCGAACCCUUUUCUUACACAGUACGACACGCACUCAUCCACUCACACACUGACAGACACAUACACCCAAGGCCAGUCAAUCUGAUGUAAAGCAUAUACUGCAUAACUAGUUCAGGACACACACACACACACACACACACACACACACACACACACACAGUUUGAUUGUCAUCGAUUGAAGAGUCAGUGUGACUGACCUUAUUUAAUAUUCACUAGUUUUUUUUGCAGUUGUAUGAAUGACCUAGGCUUUGCUUGAGGAUGGGUUAUAGCAGUAAGUAUAGUUUCGUUAUCAUCAUCAUUAUUAUUAUAAUAAUUAUUUGUUAACUUUGAGUACUGUUAGGUGGUGUGAUGAGAAGAGAUGACGUUUCUGUAUUAAACUUUAAAAAAAAAAAAGAGAGAAAAACAUGCAUGAAUCCUGUGCUCAAUGCGGAUGCGGGAUGCAGACGUGCACGCUACACCUUCCUGCCCAACGCUUUCCCACUCAGGCCAGUGCCACAGCACUGUCGGCCCAUAGCUUUUUAAUGUGCUAAGCUAACACUGUCCCAUCAGCCCCCGUUCACCUCCACCCUCCUGUGCUACGUCGUGCAUUAUUUAAUUUAAUAUAUUAUCUGAUUUAGGCCUGAAGAUGAAAUACCUUUCCGAGAAUUGAAAUAUAAUCUUUUUAUUUGUGCAAUUCUAGUUUUCUUUACUCUGUUUUUUUGGGGUGGGGGAGGGUUUUUUUGUUUUGGGGGGGGGGGGGGGAGCAGAUCUGGUGUUUGAGAGUUAAUGCUUGUUCGGUUACAUCUCAUUGUUUAGCGCUGAACCCAAAGGACAUCCAGACAUGGAGCCGCACUCUAAAUUACAGAUAAGGUUCCUGAUGGCAUGGUUCCUGAACCCAGUUCUGGUUUCGGAGGGCCACCAUGUCUAAUGGCAUGGUUCCUGAACCCAGUUCUGGUUUCGGAGGCCCACCAUGUUUUAUGGUUCAUGCCUACCUCCUCAGUAGAUUUACUGACUGAUUUAUUGGUUCUAGUUACCCUGCAAACAGUUCUGGUUCCUCAAUGAGAAAUUCAAUAGUAUGGACAUAGUGAUGGUCUCCUGAAAACCUCUUGAGAAAGGAGCAACAAGGUUUGGACAUCGCGUCUGUAUUGUUUUCUUUUCUUUUUUUUCUUUUUUUCAGUGUAAUGUAUUUAAUAUGGUAAGGGAGAGAUGAUGGUGAUUUUUCUUAUUGGACGUCAUGUAACAUCCAAAAACCCAGUGACUUUUUCUCUCUCUCUCUUCCUCCCUCUCUUUUUCUCCAAACAAAUGCUAAACAUAACCUGUAACUGUGAGCUGAAUAAAUAUUUUUUUUCUUUUGGUUUUUUAAAA